AUGCGCGUCGUGCUCCUCGCGCUCGCCGCGCUCGCGCUCGCGAGCGGCGUCGACGCCGCGACGCCGACGCCGACGCCGCGCGCGCGCUCGAGCUCGUCGCCCACGCCGGUCGUCCUGUGGCACGGAAUGGGAGACAACUGCUGCAUGGGCAUCCGCGGCAUCGGCGAGCUCAUCGCGAGAGAGAUCCCGGGCACGCACGUCCACAGCGUCAUGCUCGGCUCGAACCCCGCGGAGGACGCGUAUCGCGGGUUCGUCGGCGACGUCAACGCGCAGGUGGAGAGCCAGUGCGAGACGCUCGCGCUUGACGCGCGCCUCGCCGGCGGGUUCCACGCGAUCGGGUUCUCGCAGGGCGGGCAAUUCCUCCGCGCGCUCGCGCAGAGGUGCGGCGAUCGUCUGAACGUUCGGUCGCUGAUAACGUUGGGCGGGCAGCACCAGGGCGUCGCCGCGCCGCCGCGAUGCGGCGGGGACGCGACCGCGGCGGCGGCGGCGGCGGAGGAGGAGGAGGAGGAAGACGACGGCGAGGAGGAGGAAGACGACGGCGCGUCGUCAGCCUCCGUAGGGGCGCUGUGCAGAGCGAUGACGGACGCGAUCGCGCGCGGGGCGUACGCCCGAUUCACGCGCGACCGGAUCGUCCAGGCGCAGUACUUCAAGGACGCGAACGACCUCGCGUCGUACAGGAAGCACAACCCGUUCCUGCCCGACGUCAACAACGAGCUCGUCGAUGACGGCGGGGAGGAGACGAGAAACGAAACGUACCGACGCAAUCUGUUGAGACUCGAGAAGCUCGUCUUGUUCAAGUGGACGGACGACACCGUCGUCGUCCCGCGAGAGUCGUCGUGGUUCGGGACGUACGCGGAGAACGACCGCGGCGGCGCGAUCGUCCCGCUGCGCGAGCAGAGGAUGUACGCGGAGGACUGGCUCGGGUUGAGAGCGCUCGACGAGGCCGGGCGACUGAAGCUGUUGGAGAUACCGGGCGAUCACAUGACGUUCACGCGGGAGUGGUUCGUGACGAACGUGAUCGACGCGCACUUGCGCGAGGGCGGGGGCUUUAAAGGGGCGGCGGGGAGGUGGUGGUUGGGAGGUGGCCCCUGGCGCGGUGGGGUACGGGCGUUCGCGCGGUGGCUUCGCGGCGCGACGACGCGACGACGCGACGACGACGACGACGACGACGACGACGACGCGUACGGAAUCGAAUAA